GAAGCUUUGGUUUGCGGGGUUUCCGAGUUCAAAGUCGAAAUAUUUUGUCGCGUUUGGUAGGGUUGGAAAUCACGGCAAAAUGGAACGAUCUGUGUCCUUGGUUAUGCCAGAUUUUAUAGAACCUCUACAGUUAACAAUUAUUACGGUCCUCUGUAUUAUAUUCUUCCUUGGACAUACUAUAGGUGUUUUGCUGACAAUGUAUUUGCUCUUUUCGCCCUUUUAUGUCUUUACGAUAAUAUAUUUAUUUUGGACCUAUCUCUUUGAUACUAAAACACCACGCAAUGGAGGAAGGAGGUUUCAAUUUUUUCGCAAGCUAAAGACUUGGAAGUUAGUCAGGGAUUUCUUCCCUGUACAGCUCAUAAAGACUGCCAAACUCAAUCCGAAAAGAAACUACGUGUUUGGAUAUCAUCCUCACGGCAUUAUGUGCUUUGGAGCUUGGUUGAAUUUUGCAACGGAAGCGACGGCAUUCAGUGAGUUGUUCCCUGGAAUAACGCCACAUCUCAUGACCUUGAAAUUAAUUUUCAACUUCCCAUUCUUUAGAGAUUUUGUGAUGGCCGGUGGUGUCUGUGAUGUUUCAAGGGAAUCAAUUAAUAGCUGUUUGCAGGGCUCUGGAAAUGCUGCAGUUAUUGUCGUAGGUGGUGCUAGAGAAUCAWUAGAGGCACGCCCUGGCUCUCAUAAGCUGACCUUAAAGAAUAGAAAAGGAUUUGUGAAAAUUGCAUUGCAGAAUGGUGCUUCUCUUGUUCCUGUUUACUCUUUUGGAGAAAAUGAGUUAUUUAACCAAAUAAAUAACCCUAAAGGCUCCUGGCUGCGAAGAUUCCAAGCCAAAUUCCAAAGUAUAGCAUCAUUUGCACCUCCAUUAUUCUACGGCAGAGGAUUUGUGGAAAAUUCUUAUGGGCUUCUUCCUCACAGGGUUCCUAUAUAUACAGUAGUUGGUUCCCCAAUUUUGGUGAAGAAAGCAGUGCCGAAACCAACUCAACGGCAAAUUGACAAUUUACACAAGAAAUAUGUGCAAGGACUUAUCAACCUGUUUCACAAGCAUAAACACAGAUAUGGCAUCCCGAAAGAAACGAAGCUUGUCAUCCAGUGAUGCAACUGGGAUAAGAAUGUUUAACAUAAAUGACAUGAUAAACAUGUCUAUUCCUAAGACAGGUCCAAAGAUGUCAAAUGUUAAUAUAAGUAAAGAUAAGGAUCAGUUUCAUAGGACUGAGUAUUACAGUUUUGAAUUCUCUGUCAUUCAGGGGUUUAGCCUUGAUUUUGUGUUAAAUAUUCACUAACURCCAGUUUAGGGACUGUAAGAUUUGAAAGUGUUUGUACUGUUGAAGCUGUGCAUUCUUUACUUUAUCGUUGGUAUUUACGAAUAUUUUGCCACUAAAACGAAGCUAAUAUAACCCUCAAUCCUAAGUAACAGACACUGUAGUUAUAAGGAAUAUACUCUAUGGAUCUAUAAAAGAAAUUCUUAUGUUUCGUUCACACACUUUGUACAAAUCUUCUGAAGUAUUUGCAUACAAUGUAGAGUUGAAAAAUAUUGCUAAAUAAAUGUACGUAUGAAUAUCACACUUAAACCAGGAAA